GCCCCCGCCCCGCCGAGCCCGUUCCCCGGGCAGGACGAGAUCCCUCCCGGGUGGAGACCCUUGCCCAAGGCCGGUCCUCCACCUUGUCCCGGAACUUCUGCUCUGGACUGGAUGCUGUGCGGGCAGAGAUGGUCCUCUGCCCUCGUCGUCUCGCCUGCUACUGCGGCGUUCCUUGCCCGGCCGUUGUCUCCCCUGUCCGUCCCUACCCUUCAGAACCAGGAGGGUGCCAUGGACCUACUACGGGAGCUGAAGACCAUGCCUAUUACACUGCACCUGCUACAGUCCACCCGUGUUGGAAUGUCUGUUAAUGCCCUGCGGAAGCAGAGCUCGGAUGAAGAGCUCAUUGCACUGGCCAAGUCCCUUAUCAAAUCUUGGAAGAAGCUCUUGGAUGUUUCUGAUGGCAAAACCCAGGAGCAAAGGAGGGACACACCUCUGCCCACAUCGUCUUCAAAGGAUGCUUCAGGGGCCACAGAUCCCAGCCGCAAGAAGCCAGACCCACCUAGGACCCCAUCCAUCCUAAGGAUCACCACAUUUCCUCCAGUGCCUGUUACCUGUGAUGCUGUGCGCAAUAAGUGCCGUGAGAUGCUGGCUUCAGCCCUGCAAACAGACCACGACCAUGUGGCCGUCGGUGCGGACUGUGAGCAUCUGUCGGUUCAGAUCGAGGAGUGCAUCUUUCGGGAUGUGGGAAACACUGACAUGAAGUACAAGAACCGUGUGCGAAGCCGCAUCUCCAACCUCAAAGAUGCCAAAAACCCUGGCUUGCGGCGGAAUGUGCUGUGUGGUGCCAUUACACCCCAGCAGAUUGCUGUGAUGACAUCAGAGGAGAUGGCUAGUGAUGAACUGAAGGAGAUCCGCAAAGCCAUGACCAAGGAGGCCAUACGUGAGCACCAGAUGGGCCGCACAGGAGGCACGCAGACUGACCUGUUCACUUGCAGCAAGUGCAGGAAGAAGAACUGCACCUACACACAGGUCCAGACCCGCAGCUCUGAUGAGCCCAUGACCACUUAUGUUGUCUGCAAUGAGUGUGGGAACCGCUGGAAGUUCUGCUGAACCCUCAUGCUGAUGUAUCAUAGUCCUUGCCAUGGCUAGCUUUGCCCUGUCUGUAUUCUUGAUGGACACUGCUUCUUUGGAGAUCCAUAGAGGGUGGCUUGCCCUGCCCUAGCCUGCCUUCCUGGUGUGCACCUUUCUACCUUUUGCCCCAAGAUAUUAAAUGUUUUGCUUUGUCA